UUUGAGUAAUGGCCGUCAGCAGUCCCCAAAGUGGUCAGCUGUGUUGGUGUUGUUUUAUGACAGUUUCAGUGCUUACAGUUUACAUGAGUAUUACAAUUAAUAUUUAAUAUUGGUAGCGUUUAAUCAAAAUGCCCAUACACGAUAAUGAUCGCCAUGCAGUUGUCCUAGAUAUCGGACGAGCUUACACCAAGUGUGGUUUUGUUGGUGAAAACGAGCCGAGAGUCAUCAUUCCAUCCAAAUUAGAUGGCUCCAAAAAAGGUGAAGGAGUUUACCUUCAUGAAUAUUCCAGUGAAAAAGAACUUCAUUUCAAUCUGGUCAAAUUUCUCCACCACAUUUUCUUUAAGUAUUUAUUAGUCAAUCACCGUGAAAGAAGGAUUGUGAUUGUUGAAUCUUUACUGUGUCCUACAGAAUUUCGUGAAAUUCUAGCCAAUGUUCUUUUUGUUCAUUUUGAGGUACCAUCUGUCUUGUUUGUGCCUUCUCAUCUUGUCACACUUUAUACCCUGGGGAUCAACACUGCAUUUGUGAUUGAUAUUGGACAUGAGGAAACUACGAUGAUACCAGUUUGUGAAGGAACUCCUUUGAUUCAUGCUUGGCAAGCUCAACCUCUUGGAGCAAAAGCCAUUCAAGGGCGGUUGGAAUCUCUUCUAUUGCUACGCGCCAAGGUCCAGGGAAGUGAUGGUCAAAAGGUUGACUUGGUUGAUGUCAUUCCUAAACUAUCACGUGGAAUCUUAGAAGACAUUGUGGUGCGUACUUGUUUCGUGACUACACUGCCAAGAUCCCGCCAACUUGUUGCUUCCCGGACAAAUGAAGCAGGGCCAUCUCCCCCUGUUCCCCCACCUACCAUUCUCUAUCCUUUGUCCGGCAAUAAUAAUUUGACUCUUGAUGGAUCUGUUCGUGAAGAGUCAGCCGAGGUCCUCUUUGAAACGGACAAUGAGAUGGUUUCACUCGCUUCGAUGAUUUUGGAUAGUAUACUCGCUUCGCCAAUUGAUUUUCGAAUUCCACUAGCGGAGAAUUUGGUAAUAAUAGGCGGAGGAUCAAUGAUGCCUGGACUAAAAUCUCGUUUAGUGUCGGAAGUAAAGGAUCUCCAGCAACACCCAAAGUACUCAAGUCGGAUUGCUCUCAAGGCCCUAAAAGUUCAUCGGCCACCAGCUAAAUCAAACUAUGCCGCUUGGCUUGGAGGGGCUAUUUUAGGAGCAACGGAAGCGAUCGCCACACGCAGCUACACUCGCGAAGUCUACUUGCAGACUAAUCAUGUUCCCGAUUGGAAUAAUUUAGCGGAUAACACCAAAGAAAUUGAUAGUAGAGCUGGUUAACUAAACAGUGCUAAUAAAUCAGUUUUUUCACAAAAUAAAAGUAUUUAAAACUA